GCCCUCCAUUUCUUCUGUUCUUCUCCUACGUUCUUCAAGUAUUUGCAUGAAUGAAACUCCAUACCCUCACACCUCAAAAUCCCACUAAAUCAUGUCCCAGAUGACACCCACUAUUCCCUCUCUUUCCCCCCUGAUUUCAUCCUUCCCGGCAAAAUAAAUCCCCCCUCGCAUUUUCUUCGCUUAGCCCACUACUUUUUGUUUCUUGGGUUUGUUGUUGCUCUUCCUUUUUUCUCUGUUCCCUUUCCCUUUCCUUCGGAAUCUCCGACAUAAAAUGAUGAGGUGGGAAAGGGUCCAGCUAUUGUCCAGACAGGGCCAAGAUGGAGCUCUGGGAGAGAUAUCAGGGCCCGGUAAGAGGUGGGGUCAUACUUUUAACGCCAUUAAAGACGGAAGAUAUCUCUAUGUUUUUGGGGGCUAUGGCAAACACAACUGCCAGACUAACCAAGUGCACGUCUUCGACACUGCAAAACAAACAUGGAGCCAGCCUUUGAUUAAAGGAAGCCCGCCCACUCCAAGGGACAGUCACACUUGUACAACAAUUGGUGACAAUCUUUUUGUGUUUGGGGGUACUGAUGGGACGAUCCCUCUUAAGGAUUUGCAUAUUCUGGACACCUCUUUGCAUACAUGGAUUUGUCCAAGUUUAAGAGGCGAGGGGCCACAGGCACGAGAGGGUCAUAGCGCGACUCUUGUUGGCAAACGACUCUUCAUCUUUGGUGGUUGUGGCAAAUCUACCAGCAACAACGAUGAAGUGUAUUAUAACGAUCUCUACAUAUUGAAUACAGAGACCUUUGUUUGGAAACAAGCUACAACAUCUGGGACUCCACCGUCUCCUCGUGAUAGCCAUACUUGCUCAUCCUGGAAGAAUAAAGUUAUAGUGAUUGGUGGCGAAGAUGCACACGACUAUUAUUUGUCAGAUGUUCAUAUCCUUGACACAGAUACUCUAGUGUGGACAGAGUUGAAAACUUCAGGUGAAUUAUUACCACCUCGUGCUGGUCAUACAACCAUAGCCUUUGGAAAGAGCUUGUUUGUUUUUGGGGGAUUUACUGAUGCACAAAAUCUAUACAACGACCUUCAUAUGCUCGAUAUUGAAACUGGUGUAUGGACCAAGAUCACCACUAUGGGUGAUGGACCUUCUGCCAGGUUUUCAGUGGCUGGGAACUGUUUAGAUCCCUACAAAGUGGGCACACUUGCUCUUUUAGGCGGUUGCAAUAGGAGUCUUGAGGCUCUCGACGAUAUGUAUUACUUGUUCACAGGACUCGAAAGGGAGAACGAGAGGAAACCAGAGAAGUUGUCUUUGAGAAAGCAAUUGAAGUUGAAAUGUCAAGAACAUAACCAAAAUGCUACUCAUGGAAGAGCUAUGGUACAAAUUGGUAUCAGUCCUGAUGUGUUACAACCAAUCUCUGUGCAAGGCUUCGGGGCUCCAUACAAACAAAACUUUACUUCGAAUCAAUCUCUGCAUCCUCAUGGAAAGAAAAGUUUUCAAGCGAAGGUUACAGAAAGCAUACCAAAUGGAUACACAAUUGAGACGGUCAUCGACGGGAAACCUAUGCGGGGAAUAUUGCUAUCCAACAGACCAGUCCCCGCUCACUUUGCUCAUCAUAGUACUGUUAGGAAGAGGACUUUUGAAGAUAUUGGUACGAUAUCGAAUGGUGAUGUCUACAUCAAGUCGAAGACUUCUCGAUUGAACGAGCAAGAUGAAGUAGAUAAUAGACAAGAGGACCAUAGUAAUAUGAAGGCAUCGGCUAUGCAUGAACCAGAAAUGGUUGUCACUUCGACUACGCUCAUAAAAGAUUCAGUGUCUUCGGAUGCGUCUUUACCAUCUAAGACGAGUUCAAGUCCAGAAUUGCCUCCUUCGAGUCCAAAAGAUAUUUCAAUGCACGUUGCAAUGGAUAUCGACGUCGAAAUUUCUGGAGAUGCAAAGACAAAUGAUGCCCUUGAUUCGACGGCAGACAUUCAGAACGAAAGUAUUUUGGCUCCACCUUCAGACAAGGAAACUAUUUCCUUUUUUCCAGACCAAGACGACAGAAGACCUGCUACAAUCGACGACGCGAUUCAAGUUUCAACACAGUUGUGGAAAUAACGAAUGAGCAACGAAAUGCUAUUGUGAAAAUAACCAUAAUGCACAAAAGCCGUUUGUACAUUCAUAGGAGAGCACAGAUGCACACUAGGAAACUACUAUAUGACCUUACCAUCUUUCUAACAUAUGUAGAUCAGAUCGUGUCGAAUCCUUCCAUUGAUUUUGAUUCGAUACCCUCAUGCGUAUUCGAGUUGUACUUAGGAACCAUAUCGUUAGAGUUCAGACACUACUCUGGUCAUUUGAACCAGCCACCCACUUGUUGUUGUUGCUGCUGCUACAGCUUCUUGUAGACUGCCAUUCUGGUUCGAGGAGGAAUCGAUGAUCGUUUAGCCACAAACGUCCUAGCUUUGUUUUCAUUAGCUGUUGAAGGCCUGUUCACCUUUAGCUUUCUAGUUGCAAUUCCUUGUGAAAUAGGAGAAGUAGUAGUGAUUACAGUAGAAGUUGGAAAGGUUUAUGUUCUUAUAGGGAAUUGCAACACUGUGCUUUUGACUCCCAUGGAAUGUGCAAGUUUGUAUUGCUUGGUUUUGCUUCAUUUUUUAACCAAGCCCUAUGGAUGAGCAGGUAGGUAUCGUUUAAGUAGAAUUAAGAUAUCGAACCAUAUUCAAAUUUAAAUAUAAAAGGUUUGGUUCGAUUUUUUUAGC